CGGUAUAAGCAGCAGCAGCGCAGAGGCAGCGGACGCAACAGAGACAGCGGCAGAGGUGAACCAUCGCGGUUCCAUGCGAACAUUGUGUCAGAGAUCUUUGGACGUGCAGGUUUAAACCAAGAAGCGAAAGAUAUAGAUAUCGCGCUACUAUAUCCGACAACCGUGUGUGUUGUGUGCGCGUAUCAGCAGCAAGGCCCACGAACGUGGCAAACGAAAAUAAAAGAAAACAAACCAAAACAUAAAAGAAACAAGAAGUGAUUUCUUAAUUAUCUCAUAUUUAUAUAUAUGUGUGUGUGUGUGUUAGUCGAUCGCUAAUUGAUAUGUGAAAGUGAAGGGAAGAAGUUGAGUAUGAAAACAAUGCGAGAAAGAAAUGCCCGCUAAAUUCCAAUGAGCAAAUCGCACGACUAAAACAAUAAUAAAAAACACCAUGUCUGCCACCUACACCAACACAAUUACGCAGCGCCGCAAGACGACCAAGUUAAAGCAGCAGCAGCAGCACCACCAACAACAACAACAACAACAACAGCAACAGCCACCAUGGGGCAGCGAUCUGAGCGAACCAAACGAAAGACUUCACUUUCGCAGCCGUUCAACAAACUCGACAAAGACAGCAACACCGCCACCAACAACAACAACAACAAUAACGCAAGCAUUAGCGGCAGCUGCAAACUCACCUUCACCAGUGUGCUGUAACGGUGGUUUAACGCUGCUCAACUGCUGCGUCGACGUCAACUGCCAUUUGAAUGCGCCGCUGCGCGGCAGCGUCAGCCGGCAUUCAUCGCAGACGGCAACGCCAACGCCAACGCCGACGCCAAAACAAGCCUCCCCCUCGCCCACCACCGAUCGUUCUCGCUCGGUCUCACGAUCGCCGUCUCGUUUGCGUUCUUCCUAUAAAAAACACAAGAGCGUUGCAGCAGCAGCAAGAGCAGCAGAUAAAGAGAAUAAAACAACAGCAGUUACACCGCCAUUUACCGUUAGCUUGAGCAUCGAUCUCUUUAGCUGGACUCUCUUUCUGUUGGCCUUCGGCACGCGCUUCUACAAGUUGGCAACACCGCCGCACAUUGUCUUCGAUGAACUUCAUUAUGGGAAGUACAUUUCUUUGUAUAUGCGCAACAUUUUCUUCUUUGACCAACAUCCGCCGCUGGGAAAACAAUUGAUUGCUGGGUUAGUUAGCCUGGCCGGCUAUGAUGGCAACUAUACAUUUUCCCGGAUCGGAGCAUCCUACUCGCCCCAAAUGCCCAUAUUCUGGUUUCGAUUUCUACCGGCUCUGUGUGGCAGUCUCCUCGCCCCCGCUGUCUACAAACUGUUGCAGGAGGCGAAGCUGAGUCGCUGGGCCUCGGCCAUUGGUGGUCUCCUUGUGGUUUUGGAUAAUUCACUGCUGACCCAAUCCCGGUUUGUGUUGAUGGAAUCGAUGCUAUUGCUGAGUAGUACCCUGGGCAUAGCCUGUCUACUCCGCUUCCAAAGAUGUCGCCUGGGAAGUGUCCAGUGGCUGCUGAGUGGAGCAGGAGCAGCUGUGCUUUUGGGUGCAGCGGGUUCCAUUAAGUACAUAGGAUUCCUGGCUUUGGGAUUGGCAUUCUAUUUGUUAUGUCGACACCUGUGGCAGCUGCUCUUUGAUGCACAAUUAACGAAUCGUCAACUGUGGAUGCACGCCCUAAGUCGCUUGUUCAUCUUCGUUGGCAUUCCUUUGGCAGUCUACAUAGGCGUAUUCUAUGCCCAUUUUCUGGCACUUUACAAGGCGGGACCACACGAUAGCAUCAUGACCAGCGCCUUUCAGGCCUCCCUGGAAGGUGGCCUGGCAUCAAUCACCCGAGGACAGCCAUUGGCCGUGGUCCAUGGUUCCCAGAUCACACUACGUCACACCCAUGGACGCACCUGCUGGCUGCACUCACAUGCAGCAGUAUAUCCCGUGCGUUAUCCAGACAAGAGGGGAUCCUCGCAUCAACAGCAAGUAACCUGUUACUCCUUCAAGGAUGUAAACAAUUGGUGGCUGGUGAAACGACCAAACAAGGAGAAUCUUGUAGUGGGAAAUAAGCCGGAUGUAAUAAGGCACGGCGAUGUCAUUCAGUUGGUGCAUGGAAUCACAAGCAGAGCUCUUAACUCUCACGAUGUGGCUGCUCCAAUGACCCCUCAAUGCCAGGAGGUUAGCUGUUACAUUGACUACGAGAUCAAAAUGGCCGGUGAACUGCUGUGGCGUGUGGAGAUUCUAAAUAGAGCCACCGAGGGCAACAAGUGGCAUGCCAUCAAAUCACAAAUCAGGCUUGUACACGAGUCCACGGGAGCAGCACUCAAGUUCACUGGUCGCCAAUUACCGGAUUGGGGCUUCAAUCAGCACGAAGUGGUGGCAGAUCGCGAGAAGAGUCAGGAGGAUACCAUUUGGAAUGUUGAAGAGCAUCGCUAUACGCAGACUGAGGAUCACCGGGAGCGGGAACGUCAGCUAAUGACCGCCGAGAUGAUACCCACAAAGAAGACACGUCUAUCCUUCUGGGAAAAGUUAAUCGAACUGCAGGCCAAGAUGCUCAUUCAAUCAAAGAGUGUGCCCAGCCACAUGUAUAGCUCAAUGCCGCACGAAUGGCCACUGAUGGACAAGGGCAUUGCCUACUGGGUGGACUCGGAGUCCAGUGCCCAGAUUUAUCUGCUGGGAAACUUAGUCAUCUGGUAUUCGGCCACUGCUGCACUUUUCUUUUACGCCCUUUUACUUGCCUUCUAUGCUAUACGUCGUCGACGUUUGUGCUUUGAUAUCUCGGAAUCGGAGUGGCAGCGCUUCCUCAUAGCCGGUGAUACCUUCUUUGUGGGUUACCUGAUGCACUAUCUGCCUUACUUCUUUGUGGAUCGCACUUUGUUCCUGCACAACUACUUGCCAGCCUUUGUGUUUAAGCUGCUCCUCUUGUGCUUUGUCAUCGAACAUGUGGAUUAUCUGCUACGAUUGAUCUGCACUGGACGUUGGAUUAACAUUGUGCGAGCUUAUCGCCUGGGCAUAAUCCUGUGGCUCCUGACUGUUCUAUCCAUUUUUGUCAAAUUCAUGCCGUUGAGUUAUGGAGCACGACAGAUGACCACAAAUGAGGUGCGAGAUUUACGCUGGAAGGAUACCUGGGAUUUUGUGUUACACAAGAAUCGUGCCCUGCACUGAGCGAAAAUAAGAAGACACACUUGCCAUCCCCGCGGCCAGAGAAAGAGAGAGAAAAAGUGCAAUGAAUAAUGUACAAUAGACUAGGAGACGUAGCUAAAGUUGAACUAGUGCUAAGCCAUAAAUUAUUUGACAUGUGAACAUACUCAUUUUGCAAGACCAAUUAAAGCAAAUUAUUUAUUUA